AUGACAGAGAUCACAGCAUCACUGAAUCGCUCAACCUCCCUUCUCUUCGACAACUCAACCUUCCCCCCAUACCUUCAACCCCUCUGGACCUCCUCCUCCUCCCCCUCUUCCACCCCUCCUCCCCCUGACCUGGUGGUAUCCCCCAACGUUGUGUACAUGGUGGCUGAACUCAUCAUAGCAACCCUCUCCACCGUGGGUAACCUGCUGGUGUGUGCUGCCGUUGGCCUCAACAGGAAGCUACGUACUGUCACCAACUACUUCCUAGUGUCGCUGGCCGUAGCCGACAUCUGCGUGGGUGCAUUGGCCAUCCCUUGUGCCAUCCUCACUGGCGUUGGCGUGCCCCGCCACAACCUCUACCUGUGUCUGCUGAUGCUAAGUGUGCUCAUCAUGCUAACCCAGAGCUCCAUCUUCAGCCUGCUAGCUGUAGCUGUGGAGCGCUACGUGGCCAUCUUCCUGCCCUUCCGCUACCACACGCUCAUGACGCCACGCAACGCUAUCCUAGUUAUCCUGGUGACCUGGGUGCUGGCUUUCCUCAUUGGCCUGGUGCCACUCAUGGGCUGGCACAAAACACCGCCCGACUCGGGCUACUGCUUCUUCGUGUUCGUGGUGGACAUGACCUAUAUGGUCUACUUCAACUUCUUUGCCUGUGUGCUAGCGCCCCUGGUGGUCAUGUUCCUCAUCUAUGCCAAGAUCUUUGUGACAGUCAAGCGGCAGGUACGGCGCAUCGCAGCAGAGCGCGGGGGCAGCGUGGGGGGUGCGGAGGGGCAGGCGGCCCGGGCGGCCAGCAUGAAGAAGGAGAUAAAGACGGCCACGUCGCUGUUCCUCGUCCUCUUCCUCUUCACUGCCUGCUGGAUACCACUGCACGUCAUCAACUGCUUCCUGCUGCUCUGCCCUGGCUGCCCUGUGCCUUUGGAGCUCCUCCUCACCGCCAUUAUCCUAUCACACGCAAACUCUGCCGUUAACCCCUUUCUGUACGCGUACAAGAUGAAGACCUUCCGGAACACCUUCAAGGCCAUCUUCCUCUGCUGUAGAGCUCUAGGGGACUGGGAAGAGGCAGCCGAUGGUGGGGGGACCACCACCCACAGGACCUGACCGAAGACCCGU